CAUAGGACUGUGACCCAAACACUGGGGUGGGUGGGGGGGAAGCUGGGAAGUUGGAAGAGUGAGCAUGCUGGCCUCUUCCACCAUGUCAGUCAAAAAGGCAGAAAUGAAGAGACCAUACAUGCCCCUGAGUCGUCCUCUCUCUGAAUCCUCCCACUUGAAGGCAGACAAAAGUAAUACCAGCCGCAAACGCUCUCCGAGAAUCAAAAACCAGAAGUCGCUUCGAAAGGGAACGGAGAUAGAGGCAACACAAUCUGGUGAAGACAAAGAAUUAAAACAGGAAAUGUCACUGGUUAAAAAAGGAGGAGCACAAGACAUAAAGAAUGAACUAAAGGAGGUGAGGGAAGAGCUCAGAGGAAAAAUGGAAGAAAUACAGCAGAUAAAAGAUAUAAUGGACAAGGAUUUUGAUAAACUCCAGGAGCUUGUAGACAUUAUGAAGGACAUGCAAAAGGAUAUGGAUGAGAGGAUGGAAGUUUUAAUAAAAUUACAGACAAACAAAAAGCAGAAGAAGAACCAACACACAAAGACAAAAGACUCACCUGACAGAUUUAGUGGUCGGACCUAUUAUGAGAAAUGUUUGUCUUGUUCCCAGAAAAACUACAAGAGUAUCAGACCUUGGAGGGAAGUGAAGGAAGCUCAUGGAUUCUGACAACAGCAUGGCCCUGUCUUCUCUUUGCUACAGAGCUGCGUGACAUAGAUCCCAGGAACUAAAGAAUGUAUUGCAACAACAGCAACAACAAAUCCUUCAGGUGAAAAUGAAUUAUACAAUAACAGCUCAUUGAAACGGGGAGUACAGAAGUUCAAUAACGACAUCUAUCCACAGCAAAGCUCAAAACAAGCCAAUGAGAAGAAGGGCCUCUGAGCAGUCAAAAUAAAUGUCCCUAAACCACAAA